AUGGCCCGCAGAUCCCCCAUCCAAACCCUCCGCACAUGCACCCGCUUCUUCACCACGGCCAACUCGCCCUCCUGGCCCGGUCCCACCCGCCGCACAACCAUCAAACUCCUCUCCCUCGGCAUCUUCUUCGCCAUCAUCCAACUCGGUCUCUGCGCCGCCCUCGCCCACAAGUUACUUUCCAUGCGUCAUGCAGUCGAGUGCUGGGAGGUCGACGACACGGUGCCUGGACCGCAACCUGGGCGGGUGCUGCAAGGGCUUGGUGGUAGUGGUGGUGCACUCGAUGGUUUCACAAUGGUAGUGCGGACUCGACGGUUACCAGUUACAUUUGUGAAUUUGGAUCGGUUGGAGGGGAGGGAGGGGGUGCGUGGGAAGAUGUGGUUGAGUUUGGGGAGGCCGGGAGGGCGAGGAGGCAAGCUUAUUAUUAUCUUGACGCUCAUAGCUAAUCCGGUUUUCCUGAUUCUUUUCCUGGCUUUUUAUCUUCGGGCUCAUGUUCGCUUUGGGCAUGUGACGAAUCGGUGCGCCAUGGUGCUUGCGGUGUUUCUGGGAGGGUUUUUUCUGGCUGAUGUGGUUGGCAUGUGGUUUCAGGAUAUAUUUCCUGGCGGUGAGGUGAAUCCGGGUUACAAGACUUGCUGGAAGGAUGAUGGCUUUAUGCGUGCGUUGGAGGCUUGGGGGUGGUGGGCGAGGAGUAUUGUGGUGAGUGGGGCGGUGGUUGGGGUUAUGGGGAUUUCCACCAUGAUUGGGUAUUUCUUCAUGGCGCUUUUUGCUGCACGCAUGAAUCAAAUUGAUCGAGAGCGCCCGAUUGGUCUGCAGGAUCUUGGUCCUUCGAGGAGACCUGCUGCUAGUGGAAAUGCUGUUGCUGCUGGACAGAAUUCUGCGUCGAUUCCUCCUAGUGUACCGGUUCCUGCUGCUUUCUCGAUUAGCUCCCGGCUUCCUCGUCAACAGAGUGCGGCGGAUGUAAGGGGUCGUAUGCUGGCAGAGCGGAAAGAGGAGACUGUGAAUCCGUUUACUGAUCCUCAGAAUGUGGUAACAUAG